UGGUGACGUCACACUUAUCUGGAAUCGUGGGUUGGUGCCACAGAAGUCAAUUGCACCGUAGCUGGGUAGAUUUUGGACAGCCAAGGCAGAUACAUAAAUAAUAAUAUUGACAUUCGCCAAUGCGUGGAAUAUUGCUUAAAUCAUUUAUAACGGAUUAAGUAGCAAUGUAGUCUUAGCGAGACUGUUUGCAAAAUGAAGAUGUCGCGGUCGUAUGGAAAAUGGAUUCCUGACGGACGUAUACCCUGAGCAGUACAUCAGCAACAUCUGGCGGCUAAGGAAUCUCACUAGCUCGUGCCUCGGCAGAGAGGGUGGAGGAUGCCAUCCCCGGAGCAGCGGGCAGCGGAGAUGGGGGAGGAGGGGGAAGGGUCUCUGCCGACCAGAGAGGGACCGAGCGGGCACAGCCAAGCAGACACCAGCACCAACAACCUACUGGCCUCGGUCAAAGAACAGGAGCUCCAGUUUGAGCGUCUGACCCGGGAGCUGGAGGAGGAGCGUCAGAUCGUCGCCAGUCAACUUGAGAGGUGCAUGCUGGGAGCUGAGUCGCCUGGCGAUGAUGAUGAUGAUGCCAGUAGCAGUGAUUCAUCAGAGAAGUCCUUUGCUUGGAGAUCCACAGAUGUGUCUGGUACAGGAGAGCACCGGGCUGCUGUAAUGGACAGCUCUCACCAGUCACCCUCCCGUCUCCUCCGAGCUGAUCAGGGUCACGGGUCACUCUACCUCCCUGAAGUGGAGAGGGCAUCCCCGCAUGACAGUGAGGGAUCUGUGGCCCAUAUGACGUCCUAUGCAGACAGUGGCUACCAGGACAGCAGUAUGAGUUACUACAGUGUGAGCAGAGAGAACGUGGUUCUGUCAGAGCCCAGACACGUGCUGUCAGGCAGCGGCCCCAGGGGAAGCCCCAGUCACGGCAGGAGCUCCCGGGCAGAGGGACAGGCCUCCGCACAGGUCUCAGCGUCAGGGCGGGUGAUGAGGAGGAUGGGCUCCCUCUCCUCCCGGGGCCAGUCUCCUGUGUGUGGUGUGGGGGGCGCCGUGUCCCCGUCCCGGGUAUCUCUCCGCACCUCCCAGGGCGGCAGCGCCUACGGCUCACCCAUCCUCACCGAGCCCAAACCCCUCGCCAGCAUCUUCCCCGGGACCACCAUGCCCCCCUCCUCCCUGCCCGGUCCAGGCACCACCCCCUCCUUCCAGCGCGCCACCUCUCCUUACUCCCCCACCCACCAGAGGAACGGGAACGGCGACUCUCCUCUCCGGACCAGCCCCCUUCCAGGGAGCGCCAGUCAUGCCACCUCACCUCAACAGGCGAUGGGUAGUGUCUCCGGUCGCCUGGGGUCUACACUGUCUCUGGUGGAGGGGAGGGGGCUAUCUGGCUCUCCUCUGAGGUCCUGUAUGACGGCUGUGCCCCAGCACUACGGCUCCACACUGCCCCGCCAGGGGGCUCUCCCCUACAUACAUGACGCCUACGGGCUCUACGAGAGGACCGCCUUGCCUCUGUCACGGCCUGACAGCCUCACUGGCCUGCACAGCUCCUACGCCACUCACCACAGCCCACUGGACCAGGAUAUGAGGAUGGCCAUGUCUCCUGACUGCCACGUCACGCCUGUCUACGACGACAGAGCCUUCCAAAGCCCCCUGUAUCACAGCCCCACCCACGCCCACCACGGAUCACACAGCGCUAUCUACAGGACACUCACGGGUGCGGAGAACCUUCAGCGGACCCUCCAGAGGACCACAAGCCAUUGCAGCACCCUGGCGUACCAAAGAAGCAGCUAUGGGCUGAACACCGCAGGGUCAUACGCAGACCCCUACAGGGUCUCCCAGCAGGGACAGGGGCCCAAUGAGACCUCUUUCUCCAGGCACUCUGGUCUGGUCGACAGGGCUGCCACAAGGUCCCCCUCCAUAGACAGUAUACAAAAGGAUCCUAGGGAGUUUGCAUGGCGUGACCCCGAUCUCCCUGAGGUGAUCCACAUGCUGCAGCAUCACUUCCCCUCGGUCCAGGCCAACGCUGCAGCCUACCUCCAGCACCUGUGUUACGGAGACAACCGCAUCAAAGUGGAGGUGUGUCACCUGGGAGGUAUCCAGCACCUGGUGGACCUGCUGGACCACAAGGCUGUGGAGGUGCAGAAGAGUUCCUGCGGAGCCCUGAGGAACCUGGUUUAUGGCAAGGCUACCGACGACAACAAAGUGGCCCUGAGGAACUCUGGUGGCGUUCCCGCUCUGCUCAGACUGCUGAGGAAAACCACCGACAACGAAGUCCGGGAGCUGGUCACUGGGGUGCUGUGGAACCUGUCGUCGUGCGACGCGGUCAAGAUGACCAUCAUCAGGGACGCUCUGAGCACCCUGACCAACACUGUGGUCAUCCCCCACUCCGGCUGGAGCAGCAGCAACUACCGAGAGGAGACCAAGCUCAAGUUCCACUCCUCUCUUCUGCUGCGCAACACCACCGGCUGCCUCAGAAACCUGAGUUCAGCAGGAGAGGAGGCCAGGGGUCAGCUGAGGUGUUGCGAGGGGCUGGUGGAUUCACUUCUCUAUGUCCUCAAGGCCUGCGUUAGUACCUCUGACUUCGACAGCAAGAUUGUGGAGAACUGUGUGUGUACUCUGAGGAACCUGUCCUACCGUCUGGAGAUAGAGAUGCCCUCGUCUCGCCUGCUGGGGACUCAGGAACUGGAUGCCCUGCUGGGCUACGGGUCCCCCAGUAAGGACCUAGACUACCUCUGCUGGGGUAAGAAGAGGAAGAAGAAGAAGAGGGGCUGGCUGGAUGAUAAGUGGGACGGCGUGGGACCCAUCCCGGGGUUUGGUAAGCCUCCGCGGGGGGCAGAGAUGCUGUGGCACCCGGCCGUGGUGAAGCCCUACCUCAGCCUGCUGGCAGAGAGCUCCAACCCUGCCACCCUGGAGGGCUCCGCCGGAUCCCUUCAGAACCUCUCCGCUGGAAACUGGAAGUUUGCGGCCUACAUCCGCGCGGCGGUGCGCAAGGAGAAGGGGCUUCCUAUCCUGGUGGAGCUGCUGAGGAUGGACAACGACAGGGUGGUCUGCUCUGUGGCCACCGCUCUGAGGAACAUGGCCCUGGACAGCAGGAACAAGGAGCUUAUAGGAAAGUAUGCGAUGCGGGACCUGGUGAACCGUCUCCCCGGGGGAAGCCCCUCCCUGCUGUCUGACGAGACGGUGGCGUCUGUCUGCUGCACGCUCCACGAAGUCACCAGCAGGAACAUGGAGAACGCCAAGGCCCUGGCAGACACGGGGGGCAUCGAGAAGCUGGUGGACAUCAGUAAGGGCAGGGGGAAGGGGUAUUCUAUGAAGGUGGUGAAGGCUGCUGCUCAGGUCCUCAACACGCUGUGGCAGUACAGGGACCUGCGCACCCUCUACAAACAGGACGGAUGGCACCACGGUCAUUUCAUCACUCCUGUGUCCACUCUGGAGAGAGACCGGUACAGGUCUCAACCAACCCUGCCUACUAGCACCUUACAGAUGUCCCCCGUGCCCCGCCAAUCAGGUGGUAGUGCAACCUCCUCUCCUGCCAUGUUAGGAAUCAGAAGACACAGCUCUAACUACCAGAGGGCUCAGUCAUCUAUGCAACUCGAUACAUAUUAUGGCGACAACAGUUUACAUAGAAACCAGUACACAGGGUCAGAAAAGCAAACACCAUAUUUUAUCGGGUCCUAUUCCUCACCAUCAAGAGAGGACUAUCCUAGGUCCCAGCAGGAAGAUGUCUUCUACUCCGACGAGCCGGAUAGGAAUACUUACAACAACUACAGAAUGUACCUGUCAUCCCCGCAAGGUUACGGGGAGGAGGAGCCUGGGCCUUACCAGGACGAGCCAGAGAACCUGACCUCCACAGAGCGAUACAACACCUCCCAAUCUAACAGACUGAAAUCCAAUACCAACACCACUAACUACGUGGACUUCUACUCCACCACGAGGAGGCCUUCUCAGAAGGCUAACCAGUACACUGGAUCCCCUGACUCUUGGGUGUAGGGGUGGAGAAACCAUGUAGAAACCAUGGACCGACUCAUCAGUCUGUUUGUGUGUGUGUGAGAUUGUGAGAGACAGAAAGAAUGUGUGUGUGUGUGUGUGUGUGUGUGUGUGAUAUUUUAGUGGGAAAGAGCUUGUUGUUUUCUGGAGUGGUGUAAUGUCAGCCAAAGAACGUGUUCUAUUACAGGAUAGUUUGUUCUAGUUUUUCUCAGCAGUAGGGAAGGUCCACUUUAUGAUGAGGUUGGUUGGAUACGAGCCAAUCAUCCGCUUGGUUGGAAAUGUGGAGAAUGGAGAGCGUGCUGAAGAAGUGUUGCGUAAAAAAUAAACAUUAAAGGGAUAGUUUACUCAAAAUAGAAAUUAACAUGAUGUUCAAUAUAUGUUAGCUGUAGUUGAUAAACUAAGACAGUUAUGGAUAUAGUAAAGGCAGCAAAUAUCUCAAAACUAGCUUGGUGAAUCGACUACAGACAAAAGGAAAAUAAUGUGAAUUUGUAUUUUGAGUAAAAUAAAUUAUUUCCAUGUUGGCCAAAUAUAUAUCAUGAAGUCAUAUCUGUGAAAUGUCAAAUAGUAUUUGUACAGAGAAAAAACAAAUGGUUACGCUGUGUUGUUACAUAACAUUACUGUAUUCAAUGUGUAGACUGUGUAUGUAUGAUGUGGUGUCUAGUGGAUUUUUUAAUGAUUUAUUUAAGUGUGUGAAUCCCCCCACCCCCACCCCAAAACGCCCUGUUGUAUGUUUUCCAACACUGGCGAAGAUGUGCCAUGUGUCAAAUGGAAGUGUAUGAAGAAUAAAAAAGAGCGUAUCAUAAACACUAAAAAAAGAUUCAGAGUUGUGAAAAUGAGGCUUUGUUAAAUAAAUCAGCUGUGGAAUGGAACUGCAGGUGUUGGUGGAUUUUAUUUAUUUAUUUUUGUCAUCCAAACGUUCUUCACUUCGAGGACUCGCGCACCCAGCUCCCAGAAAGCGCACGACAGAGAGAACCUUUCAUCAGCAACUCCAACUUCGUGGAUGGAUCACAUCUCGGCUCAUGCAAUGAACAUUCCUAUAGCUAUGGAGGGAAAUGCGUUGUUUUGAAGAAACCUCGACGAACUUUACUUGACUCUUCUUUUUUUAACAGGUAUAUUUUGCUUGUACUGUUAAAUGUGAGGUGUCGGCUGUUUUGUGUGCCAACUUCUAGAUGCGUGAAGUAUCAUGACAAACCGUUACAUUGUUUAACGUUACAGUUUACAUAAUCGUUAAUGUGCCGCGUCAAAGUUGUUGCAUUUGUUGUUUUUAACUGUGUCGUGUGUGAAUUCAUUCGUAAGUAAUAACGUUAGAUGAAAUAAACGGAUUUCAGCAUGUGCCUCGCA